CGCCCUGCUGCCGCCGCGCCCGGGAGCCGCACGCCGUGCUCGCCCGCCCGCCCGCAGAUGGAAACGUCAGAAGAUUAUAAUAACAUGGAAGAAUACCCCACUGAAAUUCAUGAUUAUCUCACAGCAUUUGAAAAGUCUCUUGGCUCUGUAGAUGAGAUGCUGAAGACAAUGAUGUCAGUUUCUAGGAGUGAGCUUUUGCAAAAGUUAGAUCCUCUUGAGCAAGCAAAGCUGGAUUUGGUUUCGGUGUACACAUUAAAUUCUAUGUUCUGGGUAUACUUGGCUACCCAGGGAAUCAAUCCAAAGGAACAUCCAGUGAAACAAGAACUGGAGAGAAUAAGAACAUACAUGAACAAGGUCAAAGAAAUAGCAGACAAGAAAAAGGCAUCCAAACUUGAUAAAGGAGCUGCUUCUAGAUUUGUAAAAAAUGCACUCUGGGAACCAAAUGCAGAAAAUGAACAUACUUCCAAAACUCCUGCUAAGGGAAAAAAGAGACAGAGGGACUAAGUCUUUUUUUCCCCUCAUAAGAAUUGCAGAGACCUAGAACUUACUUGGAAAUGUUUUGCAUACUGCAUGCAUCUCAUAGAAGUGCCGUAUAGCAGAUUAACUUACAAAUUUUACAGGAUUGUAUUUUGUCCAGAACACUUGUCACUGAGGUGAUCACAUUUAAUGUGUAUCUAAAAGUGCCGUUUGAUGCACAUUGGACAUUUCAUUACUCAGUUGAUAAUGACCUGACAUAUACUUGCUGGUAAUAAAUACUAGUGAUGUUUUGCUUAUAAUGCCUAUGAAUUCAAAUUUUUUAAUGAUUUAUUGACACUUUUUUAUAUGUCCUCAAUCUCCUCAGUAUUAAAAAGUUUUAAACAC